GAUGAUCAGAAGAUAAGGAAGGUCCUCUACCAGUCAAGCAGUUGCUGCCCAUUUCCCUCUAAGCUACCAAAAUGCCGAUGAACUCUCUUCCAACGGCUAUUUUGGCUCACAUGGUGGCCAUUAACAAUGUGCCUCCUCCUCCGCUUCGCAACAUACCAGGCCUGAAACUAACCAAGACCAUUAAUUAUGGUCAGUUGAAUGCCUUAUGCCACAUUAGAGGACUACAGAGCAGCCGACAUUCUUCCCUUAAUUUGACAGCUCACAAUACAUUCAUCAAGCAAUAUCCUCAAAUAUUCUUGCAUGAAAAAAAAGUAUUUCCUAAAAUUUUUCAGGAGGAUGAAAAAAGAAAAUGUAGUGGAAAGACAGAGGAAAAGAAACCCCAACGUGAUUACUCACACAACAUAUCUGUGUAUGUCAGACAAGCACGUGGUGGCCCUAUUCUUCAUGAAGAAGAAAGAGUUACAUUGAAGUUUAUACAGUUCCUAGAUAUCUUAAAGAAACUGCCAGUUCACAGAACAAUCCAUGAACAGAACAUUGUGUGGAGGAUGCUGAAGAAAAUUCCACUAUUAUCCUCUCAACUCAGUGACGAACAACUGAAAAUCCUGAGUAGAAAUGUCGUUUCUGAAACCUGGACCAAAGGCAGCACAGUGAUUGGUGAUGAUGGACUUUAUAUCAUACUGAAGGGCCUUGCUCGACCUCAGGUAAAGGUAUUAAGAAGUCUGACUGAUGAUGAAGACUCGGUUAUCUCUUCAAUAUCCAGAGAAAGCCUUGUUUUUGAUGCACAGUUGAAAGACUCCACAAUGGCUGAGAUAUACCUGCCUUCACCGCAGUUAGUGCUGAAAAAGUGGAAUACCUUUGGCUCCCUGGAAGUUACAUCUGAGACUGAAGUGGAUAAAACUCUACAUUCCGUGGUGACCGAAGAGGACUGUGAAAUCCUUAAAAUUCCUGCGAAGGAGUUUGAGAAGUUAAAAUUGGAAAAAGUAAAGCGUGAUAAUGUGCAAAAGUUGAAAUUAAUUCGCAAAUGUCCUUUUUACGAAAACUGGCCUACUUUAUCCAUAUACGAACUAGUUUCACUUAGUAAAUGGAAAAUUUUUCCUCCAGGUCAUGUGUUAGUGGAAAGUGGAACUGUCAUUUCAUUUGUGGGUUUUAUUAAUUCUGGAUAUUGUAACAUUUAUAGAAAUGUUGUGGGUCUCGUGAGUCUACGAUUAAACAAAAUGAAAAAAGUUAAAAAGCUUGUGUAUAUGGGUAAACUUAGGGAGAAGCAAUCCUUUGGUGAGAUCAGCAUUCUUCUUCAAGAUCCUUUCACAUGUACAAUUAUUACUGGAGGAGAAGUUGAGAUGAUGAUUAUCGAAGAUAAGGAUAUUCUUGCAUUGGAUCCAGUGACCAAGGAACUGAUGAUUCAAACAGCAAAACCAACUUUUGGCCAUCUGACGGAAGAAGAUGUAAAAAAUGAAUAUAUCCAAAAGGUACGAGAAAGAGAAUGGAAAUAUUUCAAGAAGAAGACAAUUAAAAGAAUCUUGCAUUCUAAUGGAGUUCUACCUGGCUUUGGAAAAUGGGAUCACUACUGGCCAAGUAUUCCCAGGAAUCUCAAGGACACUCUUGUUAGUUAUUAAAGAUACUGGCUUACAAGAGCUGACACACCCAUCCUUUUUCCCUUUUUGUUUUAUUUAUUUUAAAAUUUUCACUUUGGUUUUAAGCAUACAUACAUAAGUUAAAACUAUCAUCUAUCUAUUUUACCCCCUAC